GCCCGGGUCCCCAGUAGAGUGGGCAAUGGAGGCGGGACUUGGGUGGGGCGGGGCUUGAAGCUCCCUCCCGCGAUCUCGGGCCUCCCAGCCUGACUUGACCCCGGAAGCAGGGUGUUUGGGCUCCGGUGCGGUAGCGGCGGGAGACUGCGGCGCUAGCCUCAGGUAAGUGGCUGCUUGUUGAUCAGUGACAGAUAGGAAUGUAUUUACAUUAUCUCGAAGUCUUGAAAUGGAAAGAAGAUUAUCCAAUUGAGAAAACUAGGUUGCCUGACUUCUUCUGUCAUGAGUAAUAUUACUUAAAAGACAGCAGUGAUGUUUCACUUCUUCAGAAAGUCCCCGGAAUCUAAAAAGCCCUCGGUACCAGAGACAGAAGCAGAUGGAUUUGUCCUUUUAGGAGAUAUAGCACAUGAGCAAAGAACGGCAACAAGAGGUAAAACUUCAGAAGAAGAAGAAGGCAGCCAACCUUUAGAGACUGGCAAAGAAAACUCACCCAGUGUGACUGGAGCAGGCCCCGAGAUGGAAAAUAAGGCAGGCCAGACUUUGGAAAACAACUCAUUAAUGGCCGAGCUCCUCAACGACGUACCCUUCACCUUGGCCCCACACGUGCUGGCCGUGCAGGGCACCAUCGGUGACCUUCCAGACCACUUACUCUCCUAUGAUGUCAGCGAAAAUUUGUCACGGUUUUGGUACGAUUUCACUCUUGAAAAUUCAGUGCUCUGUGAUUUGUAAUCUUUAUGUCUAUUUGCACUUUAACCUUAGCUUUCAACAAAAGUUUGCCUAUGUUAUUUAACCCAUUUGAUGUUCUUUGCCAUUUCACUGCUUCAACGUCCCCAGAAACGCAAGGGUCAUAAAGCAAAGAAAAUGUCACUGUGUUCAUUACUCUGUGUUUUAGAAUAAAAGGUAUUUGUAUAAAAGUGGAACUUAAGUUCUACCUCCUUUCCCCCCAGAUAAUAAAUAUAAAACUUAGGCUACCAAGGUUCUAUAAAAGGAGCCACUUCUUCAACCAGUCUCUCAAAAUGGAACCCCUCAGGUUUGUCUUAGAAGAGCUGUGGCACUUCUCUGAGUUACCACGACUCUGAAGUCUGUGCUUCGAAUGGAGCGUGACUUCUCUUCUCUGCUUUGGAGGAAGCUGGAAUUAAUGGUACCCCCUUUCUUCUUCCACAGUGUUUAUGAAUGAAUUCAGAAGAAAAAAAAUGUUGCCAGUUAGCGUAAUCUCUUCAGUCCCGAUUUAGAUUCUAGGGUGUAAAUGUAAAACUUUUCCUAAAAAGCAGUGGUAGUUUGCUGACACACAAAGGCAGUACCUGCUCUGGAUGUUGUUUCUUUUGAGUGAUAAAUCUCAGUUUCCUCCACCCCACGGCAGUCCUUACCACCUUGAACAGUUCCUGGGUUCCUGUCUUUGUUUUCUGCCUCAUUGCAACUUCAGAGUGCGUGCCCUCACCAGCUUUCCAAAGAGCUUCCCCUGUUUCUGCUUCAGCUGGCAUUUGCUCUCCUUCCCACAUAUGUUCCAGUUUAUGAAGAGAUCCACAUUUCCUUUCAACCUCUCUGCCUCCUAAAGAAAAACAUCUCAUGACGAUGCAUAUUAUUGCUGAUAACACCCUUAUUUAGAAAUGUGUUGGCCACAAUACAGAUGGAAAUGUUUUACUGCUAGAAAAACUAAAAUCAGCUCAUGUCCAAUUAGAGUGUAGGCAAAACACCUAACUAGGACUUUUAGUUCUUGGCUAUCCAUUAUUUAUUCCAGCUAAAACAGUACAGAACUGCCAUUGGUCAAUAAAUUGUAAAAGGAAGAGAUAAACUGUGAUACUAUAUUUUCCAUGCCAUGGAAAAUUUAAAUCACAUUUGUUUUGAUUAGGAGCAAUACAAUUUAUUGAUUCUGUGCCAAAUUUUAGGUAUUUUUUCACAAAGAUUGAGUGCCAUAGCAAAACUAAACACUGUGCAAAAAGGUACAUGAAUCAUUCAAGUUUUAAUGUGUUAUGCAUGUUUGUUUAAUAAAUGUAGCAUGGUCUUGAUAAAGAUUCUGUAUUAUUUAAAAAAGAACAUUUGUAUUGGUAAAAAAUAGGCUUCAUUUACAAAUAAUGUUACCCCCUGAGGUGAAUUACUACAUUAAAUCUUUACAUACUUUUCAUAAAACAUCAGUCUAGGAAAUGUGAUGUGUUACUAACACAAAUGUGAACAUUUUAUAGUAGUUUUUGUGAAAAAACAUCCUUUUCAAUAUUCAUGUUAAUGUAUCUUGAAGCUAUAUGUUAAGUAUGUCACCAAUUUGUCUAAUAUAUGUGUUAAAUCUUGUCUAAAAUACUUUUACAUUUCAUUUAUAUUUAUGUCUACCAUGUUAUAAACAUGCUUGUAUUUUCAUUUGUCUAAAAUAAUUGUUAUAUUUAAAUAAAUGUGAAUUAAAAUAAACUGAUAUUUUGAUUAUUCUCAGAUCCAAAGAAAAAUGGUUUUCUGUACAUUAUUCAUAUCUGAAUGCAAGUGAUUAAAUCUUUUGUGAAACAAA